AUUUGAUAAGUUAAAACUUAGUGUUCAGUAUUUUCAAAUAAAAAUUAUGCCAUGACUAUGUAUUUAUAUUCAAAAAUUAUAGAAAAUAUGAAACCUUCUAUUGAUAUUGACUCACUUCGCAGUGAGCAUGAAUCAGAUGAACAGUGGCAGGUACGUCGGAGCUUUAUGCUGGAACACAAGGACAAUUUUGAUGAGGAUGAAUUGGUGACUCUAGCACAAUUGUAUACAAAUAUUGAGUUCCUAGGGUGCAGAUACCCAGUAGAAACAAUGAAGCGAAUUGCAAAAUUAGCAGAGAAAGUAUCAGCUAAGUACAAGGAGAGUAGGAAAAACAAACUCAAACGAACCUUUGUGGAGGCAAGUGAUGCAGCAGAACAAAAGGCGAAACGGACAUUUAAACAAUAAAUUUAAUGAUCGAAUAAGAUUCUAGGAUUGUAAAAUUAGUAAUUUGUAAUAACAGUUUUUUUUCUCCAGACUAAAAAUUUCAUUCUUUUGUUUCUUGUUUUCUAAAAUAUAUAGCUAUUAUUAUGAUAAAAUCUUUUCUGUCUAAGGUUGUGUGGUUUAGUCAUCAAAGGGUUAAUUGUUAAUACUAUACUGCAUAACACUUAUUUUAUACUUUUAUCAUUUUCUUAGUAUUAUCUAUGAAUGCAAAGCUACACCAACUAAGAUGAUAUAUUUUAGUUUUAAAUAUUAAAGGUAUUAUACAUUCACUAUGUUUUAUAAAGGUAAGACAACAUAGUGCUUUAUUAACGGUCUUAAAUAUUGUAUACUUAAAGGGUAACUCUGAUAGUUCGGCAUAUUAUAUUUAGUAAAAUGUUUUGUACAUUAAAAUCUUUAUUUAUUUAAACUCUGUACUAGUAGAUGACCUUCAAUAUUGGCUUAUACACUUUGUUUGGUUUAAUAUUUCAAGCUCCAUUUGCAGAAGUACUGGGACUGAGUGUCAUGGUAAUAAGAAUAAAAGAAAAUGCAACAUCA